CAGAGUACAGAUAGGCCGAGAUCUAGGGGUCAGGGGAGUGACGUCAAGGCUGUGAUUAUGGACUGGGGCCAGGUUUGUGGAGUUAGGGGAUUCAGUCAAAGGUCAAAGCGAGGCUCCUCCCGUUCCCCCUCUCUUUACUGGGUCAUUCCCACCCCCAUACAAACAGGCUGGCUCCCAGCUUAAAAACAGGACAUAAACAAAAAAAUCCUCUUCCUUUAAUGGUAGAAUUGUCAUGUCACCAUUUUGCAGCCCUUAUUGGAAUAUUGGUGGUUCUAGACAAGGACUCUCAUUCCCUCCUAACGUCAUGAGAGGGACAACUGGAUUUAAUGUGCCUCCUGCUAGAAGGCACCCUCAACUGAGAGGUCAUUUGCCAAAAAGCGGAACCUGAAUCCGAACAGACUUGUCUAGAUUCAUACACCAGGUUACCGGAAAUACCAAGGACAGAAUCGCAUCAUCAAAAUUCAGACAGAGGGAAAGUCCACAAGACAAACAACCAUGUUUCUCCAACAAGUGAAUUUCAAGGAAAGAGAAGAAAAAGAGGGAGAGAUUGAGAGAUUAAGGGGAAACCUGCAGUAAUAAGACACUUAGAGAUUUAUCAACCAGCGGCAAUGCCUGCACCUUAUUGGGAUCCUGAUUGGAACAAACUAAAAAAAAAAGGAAAGAGCUACAACCGGGGAAAUUUUGACAUGGGUUGAAUAUUCGACCAUGUGCACUGUCCAGGUCAAGUUAGAGCUGGGACAUCGUGCCCAACUGCGCAAGAAGCCCACCACGGAGGGGUUCACGCAUGACUGGAUGGUGUUUGUCCGCGGCCCCGAGCAGUGUGAGAUCCAGCACUUCGUGGAGAAGGUGGUCUUCCGGCUGCACGACAGCUUCCCCAAGCCCAAGCGUGUGUGCAAGGAGCCCCCCUACAAAGUGGAGGAGUCGGGUUACGCAGGCUUCAUCAUGCCCAUCGAGGUGUACUUCAAGAACAAGGAGGAGCCAAGGAAGGUUUGCUUCACCUACGACCUGUUCCUGAACCUGGAGGGCAACCCGCCCGUCAACCACCUGCGCUGUGAGAAGCUCACCUUCAACAACCCCACCGUGGAGUUCCGGUACAAGCUGCUGAUGGCCGGCGGGGUGAUGGUAAUGCCCGAAGGAGCAGAAACGGUGUCCAGGCCCAGCCCCGACUACCCCAUGUUACCCACAAUUCCACUCUCUGCCUUCUCUGACCCCAAGAAGACCAAACCGUCCCACGGCUCCAAGGACGCCAGCAGGGAGAGCGGCAAGGCCUGCAAGGCCCACAAGACGACCAAGGAGCACCGGGAGCGGCCGCGCAAGGACUCAGAGAGCAGGGGUGCCUCCAAGGAGCCGGAGCGCGAGCAGGCCAGGAGCGCCAAGGACGCCGCGCGGAAGCUGGGCGAGGGCCGGCCGCCCAAGGAGGAGAAGGCCCCGCCGCCCAAGGCCGCAUUCAAGGAGCCCAAGAUGGCCCUGAAGGAGACCAAACUGGAGAGCAUGUCCCCCAAAGGCGGGCCCCCACCGCCGCCCCCACCCAAGUCUUCCAGCAAGCGGCCGGCCGCCGCCGACUCGCCCAAGCCCAGCGCCAAAAAGCAGAAGAAGAGCAGCUCCAAGGGGUCCAGGAGCGCCCCGAGCACCUCACCCCGCACCUCGUCUUCCUCCUUCUCGGACAAAAAGCCGGCCAAGGACAAGGGCACUGCCAAAGGGGAGAAAGUCAAGGCUGAGAACGAGCCCAGGGAGAUCAAAAAGCCCCCGGAGGUGGAGGAGUCCAACUCGGAGGACGAGGCCUCCUUCAAGACCGAGUCCGCCCAGUCGAGCCCAUCCAACUCCAGCUCCAGCUCCGACUCCAGUUCGGAUUCGGAUUUUGAGCCAUCUCAGAACCACAGUCAAGGACCCCUGCGCUCCAUGGUGGAGGACCUGCAGUCCGAGGAGUCUGACGAGGACGACUCUUCAUCAGGCGAGGAGGCCGCUGGCAAGACGAACGCAGGGAGGGACUCCAGGUUGAGCUUCAGUGACAGCGAGAGCGACAACAGCGCCGACUCCUGCCUACCCAGCCGGGAGCCCCCUCCUCCCAAGAAGCCGCCCCCCCCCAACAGCAAGACGUCAGGCCGCCGGAGCCCAGAGCCCUGCAGCAAGCCCGAGAAGAUCCUCAAGAGGGGUGCCUACGACAAGGCCUACACUGACGAGCUGGUGGAGCUGCACCGGAGGCUGAUGGCACUGCGGGAGCGCAACGUGCUGCAGCAGAUUGUGAACCUGAUCGAGGAGACCGGCCACUUCAACGUCACCAACACCACCUUCGACUUCGACCUCUUCUCCCUGGAUGAGACCACCGUGCGCAAGCUGCAGAGCUACCUGGAGGCGGUGGCCACAUGACCCUGGGCCGGGUGCCGGGCCGCAUCCCCGGGGUCCUGGGAGGCCACGUCUGGGCCCCGCCUUCCCUCCUCUCUCGACUUGCCCGCCCGCAGCACUGCCUUAGUGACCGCCCUGUCCUCGGCCCACACGGCCAGCUGCACUUUCCUCGUCGGGAGCCCCGGGGCCGAGGGGGCCAGGCCGGCACUGCUGCUCCCCGACACGCUGGGGCCGUCACCUGGGCCCCCCUUGGAAAGUGGCUUGUGUACUCCCGAAGGGGAAGAAACGUGCCCUGCGGUGGGGGCCUCGCUCCUCAGUGGGGCGUGGGGCGCAGCUUCACUGCCUGGGCCCCUCUGAGAGGCUGGGGCACUGCCUCCAGCCUCCCUCAACGGUUCGGAACACCCCGCCGCGCCCCAGGACCUCAGAGGGCUCCUGCCGCACCAGGACGGGCCCGGCUCGUCCUCCGCGUCAGCCAGACACGGUCCCGUGUCGGCUCUCACUGUGCUGGGACUCCGUGCUGUAUAGUUCUCUCUCUAUUAUAUAUAUAUGUCUGCACUGUAGGUACCGAGUGGUUCCCGGGUGUGCAUUUCCAGGGCAGCAGUGCACGUGGGAGUGGGGGGGUGGGUAAGGCGGGACUUGUAGGUUAUGAUGUCUCCACUGGCCUUGGCGUCGGGCUGAAGGCCGAGCUGGAGCGCCAGCUCACCCUCUCCAGGUGCAGGGAGGACGCCUCCUGCUCCUCCCGGGGCCGGUGAACACUGCGCGCCGCCGUCUCCAGGAGCAGCCCUCCCGGCCCCCAGCCAGCCGCGGGCUGAGACUGGGUCGGCGUCCUGGGGCUCGUCCUCUUCCUCCUUCCAUAGGAUCCUCUUCCUUCUGUUGACCGAGUCUUCGAACUUUGGAAAAAAUGAGCUUUUGCCAAAUAAGACGGGAUAGUUUGUGGAGUUUUUUGAGGAGCGUCAGGACUCAGAACCAGCCCAUCGUGCCUGGGCCCCGGCCGGCGGCAGGCCCUCCCACCCCAGCGAUUCACGCCGGUCCGGGGCUGGAGACCCAACUCCUCGCACGCCUGAAACUCUCCAAGGGCCAAGCCAGCUCCUCCCUCCCGACCAGAACGCCCUCACAGAGUCAGCCCACCUUGUGGGGGGCUCCUGGGGGCUGGGGACCUCGAUUCAAGGCUCCUCCGGUCCCCACCGGCUCCAGGAGAGGAGGCCGGGCCUGGAGCCAGGCUCACUUCUCUCCCACCCACUGUCGGAUGGCCCCUCCUCCCCCCAGUUUGUGAAUUCCCACGUGGGGCGUGCCACGCUCCCCUUCCCUGUGGUCCCUGACCAUUGUCACUGCUCCGAUUCCGUCUGUCUGUCAGGCAGACUCCAAACACUCCCUCGGGAGCCCCGCCUCCAAGGCUUCCCCAACGCCAGCCUUCCUGGUGAGAUCCCAGGACUCGGGGAAGGCCCGAGAACUUUCAGAGGAAACCGCCGUGACUCCUCACCAUCUGCUCUGAUUCUCUCCCAACCCCACUGCCUUGAGGUAUUAGGAAGAGGGCAGGCCUGUGUGGCAGGCUCUGUGCUGCCACCGUCCCCUUCUCCAGGCAGGCCAACAAUACUCCGAAGUGGGGCACUUCUCUUCUCUGGAAACUCUAAGACAUUGGACAGAAAGGACUGGCCCGAGAGCAGCAGCUGCCUGGCCCUCUGUGCACAGAGGCCGCUGGGGGUCGCGGGUGGGAGCCUCAGCCCAAGGGCGCUGGUCUCCUCCUUGCGGAGGAUCUCCUGGGAGGGGCUGUAGGCCUCCCGGCUCUGUGACUCGGGCAGUCCUCUGCUCAGGAGCCAGGCUCUGUCCCGGAGGCAGCUAGAGGAAGGCCGGGCUCUCGGGCCUGCCCUUUGCAGCAGCAGCAGCAGCAUCUGGCCCUGCCUGCUGUUUCCAGGGCCUUUGGAAGCACCAACCCAUUUCUGUUACCUCCUCUGGCCAGAAGGCCCCAGCGCUGUCCUCCGGAGCUACUCUGGGCCCAGUGCUGGCCCUGUGACCACCUGAUGGACGUGCCAGGCAGCCAGGGCCCUGACCACGGCAUUCCCAGCUGCUCCCCCCACCCCACCCCCAGCUGCCCGGCAGCUGGGCCCACCAGGGCUCUGGGGACGCUUCCAUAGGAAGGGGCCGGCACGUUGUGAUUGCCGUGUGUUUAGUGUUAAGCCCCCUGACCCCAGUGCAAAUCCCGGUGUUUUGCUAUCUCCUGAAGAAAAUGUAAACCGACGCCUGAAAGCAAAAGGUAUCGAAUACCUUUCUUACCCACAAGGGUUUUUACAAAGAAUGUGUCUAACUAGGAACUAGGACACUCAUCGGCCCAAGACCAACUCCUGGAUAAGAGGAAUAAAGGAGAAUUGUGUUUGUAAUAAGUUACAGGAUUGUUUCUGUCCUGGAUUUUAAACUUUUUGUUAAAUUGUGAAAUCAUGGAGGAGUUUUAUAGAAAAAUGAAAUAAAGUCAGAUGGGAAAGCAGA